CUUCGCUUCCGUCGUUUGUUCUCUCCAUUCCAUCCACUCCGAACGUGACAGAAAUCGCGUUUCGGCACAUCCAGAACCAAGCAUUCAUCCUUCGACAUGGUCACCGUUCCCUUCUCCACGCAGCUCGACGGUGAAUUCCGCCAGCGCGGCAUUUCUGCAAAGGUCAGGGCCAAGUGCACCGAGAUCGGCGUCCGGAGCAUCGCGGACCUCAUCAAGCUGACGGAUGCCGAACUCUACCAACACUUCAAGGUCGAUGCCAAGUGCGGAAGCAUCGACUGGAAACACAUCAAGGCUCUGUGGGCCGGUGACGACAACUUCCCGAGGAACUAUGUUCCGCCCAUCCGCAAGCAGGCCAUGAAAAACGGAAUCAAGGGAUUCUACGUGGACCAUCUCGAAAAGAACGGGGUGGACGACUUGAAGGACGUGGACGAGAAACAGCUCUGGGACGUCGCCAAGAUUGCCAUCAAGAAAAAGGUGCCCCAGAAAGACAUCGCGAACGAUGUUUACGACAUACGCAAAAGCAUUGCGAAGACCAGAGACGGUCCCCGCUCGGGAGGAACCGGAGGAAAUUCAAACGGCGGCUGGGGAAAACUUCUGGGAGGAUUGGGCAAAGGCAAGGGAGGCAAGGGAGGAGGACCUCAAUCUUUGCUGGGAGGAUUGAGUGGAGGCAAGGGAGGAGGCCAGGGAACCAAAGGGAUCAACCCCAUUGCCGCGGCCCAGCUUCAGAUGUACAUGGACGAGGCCGCGGAGAUGGAGGACAAGGCCAAGGCCGAACUGGAUUCUAUGAAACCGGAAGAGUUGGCAAAGAAAACGGGGGAGAAGUUGAAACAAAAGAUUGACAAUCUCAGACCAGAAGUGGAAACGCCACAAGAAUUCUACGACGUUGGAAAAGGAUUUCGUGGCAUGAAAGCAAUCGAUGACCUCGACAGGGGGGCUCUUUUUGAUGCCACCGACAACUACGGCGAAUCCUAUGAAAGCAACGAGGUAAGUAUCAUGGUCGAUCUUUUAUUCGCUUGCUUUGACCCCGCGCAUCCGUGGUUUCUAACGCAUCGAUUUCUCCGCCAUCCAUUGCUAGGAUUUGGUUGCUGGAGUUUCGGGAGGUCUUUGUUUGACAGGUCUCAGCAUUGAUCUGGAAGAUAAUUCGGUAGAUCUAGGAUUGCUACCCGUCCUCAGCAAGCCAUCCCGGGUUCAGUGCUUUGGUGUCACUGUCCCAUUCGAAUCCAAUGUUGUGAAUGAAGUGAGUGAAACGGAUGCGUAUCGGUUCAUAGCUAACGUAAAGUCAUUUGGGAUGACCACCGCCAAGACAUCUCGAGUCACUGGUGGUGGUUCCAUUGGCAUUGGUUUUGGACCAUUUGGAGCAAAAAAGAAGUUUAGCUAUGGCAAAGAGAGACAGUCAAUGUUGGCAAAAGAAAGUCAAUCAACUAGUAAAACGACUUCAAGAGUGAAAACCAAGUCAGUAACAAUUAUUGAGUACAUGAUGGUUCCAAGUAAGUACAAAAAGAUUGGCAGCAACUCACGUCCCAGCAAUCUCGGCACCGUAAUAACGCUCUUUUGUUCCAUGUUUUCUCCGAAAAGUGAGAACCUUCUUCAUUCCUGAGAGCGAGAUGAUACUGUCGGAAGACGCAAUACUUGAUCUCAUGGAGGUUAGAGAUAUGUCAUCAGCACGUCGUUUUCUGGAUAAAUUUGGAAGUCAUGUGCCGGUAGUCAAGCGAACUUUGGGUGGCGUCUUCUUCCGACAGAUUACACUUUUGUCGGAGGAGGAACUCUCUACCGGCAAGAUGUUUGCCGCAGCAGGUACGCAGCUUGAUAAGAUAAAAAAGAAUUCUUUUUCAAUGGAUGGAGGGGGCACCGGAAUGAUAAAAGGUGUUACGUUUGGAGGUGGCAAUGCAAUCUCCAGAAAGACAUCCACUUCUUCAAGCAGUGGAAGUGUUGAGUUAAACAAGGAUGACAAAUCAGAUGCAAAAUUAACUUGCACCUAUAAUUACUCUGUUACGUCUCUCGGACCAAACGCUACCACAAUGGAAGAUUUCUACACUGUGCUCCAGCAAAAUGACAGAUCUUGGGCGUGCAUCGAUAGUAGCACACCGCAUUCGUGUGUCAUUCCAAUCUGGAGGCUCGUUGAAAGGCAACGCACACCAAUUCAUCUCGCGGGCGAGGAGAUAAAAAUGAGAACCAACGAAGAAAUUGCCAAAUAUCUAAAGGAUGGCUGGCUAGACGGAUUGGAUGAAGACACGAAACAACGGAUGGGCGAGUCGGGUGGUUCUCUGGUAUCAGCGAUGAAACGGAAGAAAGAUUUGGAGCCAAGCUUGGAGAAACUCAGCACGGCUAUUUUCGAAUCCGUUGCAGGCCUUGAAGAUAAAGACAUGGAAGAUCUCCUGGUGCUACAAAAGAUGGUUCAUAGUGCUUCAAUUAUAAUGGCCGAGCCUAGCAGUAAUGCAAACGCAAUCCCUCAUCUAGAAAGAUUGGAUGACUCCAGAGGAAUUGAUUGGAUCGAAUUGUUUUUAGCUCUUGGACAAUCCAUCGAAUCCAGUUUCGACGACGCUGAAAAAGAAGUUAUGGAACGAUUCUUCGUCAUGUUGCAAAACAAUCCAGACUGUGAGCUCAAGCUCGAUGCAGAAGCCUAUCAAACAGCAAGAGAUUUAAAAGGCGAUGACUGGAGAUAUUUCUCUCAGUUUUUCAAUACCUUCCUGGAGAAAGAAUGGAAAGUCGGUUUCUCGAGGUGGGAUGGACUCAUUCCUCGUUCUGGCAUCAAGGCGACUCUGACUUAUCCCCAGAGAUUCGGACACAAAACGAAUUCCGCAUUUUUCUUUGCCGCUGGUAACUUCUACAAGUGGGAUCUGGGAUCACACAAACUACUCCAGAAAGGAAAAUUUUCGGAACUUUAUCCAACAGUAACUGCCUACAAAGCAAUACAUAUUUUUCCUGACACAGUUCAAAAGCCAUUUGUAUAUUUCAUUGGAGUCCCCCCCUAUUACAACAGGUGGAAACUCAAAGAAGAUCGAUUGUCUGGUGCAAAGAUUCUAGCGAAUAAAACACAUUGGCCGCAGCUGGCAAAAAUUGGUCAGGACGUCGAUGCUACCCUAACCUUUCCUGCCGAAAAUAUGCCAGAUUAUGCAGCUGAAGAUCGUAGAUACUAUUGGUUUGUUGGUGAAUAUUACUACACACUUGCUACUAACGACGGUACUACGGAACCAGAGAAGAAGGAGAAGAUAUGUGACGGAUUUCCGGGCCUUCCGGCGGGAAAGAAAAUCGAUGCGGUAUUUGUUUACCCUCACGAUCAACCUUCUAAACCUCCAUUUUAUGCGAAAGAUAUCGCAUACUUCUUUAUCGGUGAGAGAUACUACAUGUGGGACUACAAGGUCCGCAAGCUGGUGUCGCCAAAGGGCUACCUAAUCUCAAGAAAAGAUCUCCUUUAGGUCUCCUUGGUACUGGAGUCAGUUUUCGUUACUUGUUGAAUGCACAGGAGCGCAAAAGAUGCAUUGGUUCACCUGCCUGUGAGGGGUAAAACAAACCAAAGAACUACAAUCUUUGAUAGCAUGAAAGAUACAUUAGUCGAGCUUCCCGACCCGCCCACUGAUUCGUGAAAUAAAUCACAUAAAUUAAA